AUGUCCUCAAACGUCCACUUUGCGUGCGCCACCCUGUCCAUCCGGUGCAUUACAAACGCGCUUUGCUAUGUUGAGGCGAUAAGCUCGACGGCCGCUGGCCAAAACGCUUGGCCUACCGCGGGAAUGCUUUCGGCUGUGCUCAGCACGAUCCAGCCUCUGCAGCAGCCAUCCGACCGACGUCAAGUUCUGUUUGGGCCUCACCAGGUGUAUGCUGGUACCGCAAGGGACUAUUGUGUGAAGACGGUCGAGCUCGAGAACUCUAAAACAGUGACCCAUACAACAGCCCUCUGCUUGUCUCAAGGAAGUGAAGUGUAUAGAGAUUUCACUGGAAAGUACAAGGAGAUUCAUACUCCUUGCCCUCAGACCGCAGUGCCCAGGCACCAUGGCGCCCGGCGUAGAAGGACCCUGCUUGCCGCGAAGUGGUCCCUCGCCAUAAACAACAUUGCAAGCAUCCGCGCCGGUGGACUACGCUGGCCCAAAGUGGGCGAUCAUGUUCCAGAAGCAAUACACAGCGUCGGUCCCAGAGCACAGCAACUGACACGCGACAACGGAAGAUAG